GAGAGCGAGAGUACGAAGUGCUGUAACCCGAGUCAUGGCAGGACAGGCAUUUAGAAAGUUUCUUCCCCUCUUUGAUCGAGUAUUAGUUGAAAGAAGUGCAGCCGAAAUUGUAACCAAAGGAGGCAUUAUGCUUCCAGAAAAAUCACAAGGAAAAGUAUUGCAAGCAACGGUAGUAGCUGUUGGAUCAGGCUCUAAAGGAAAGGGUGGAGAGAUUCAACCAGUUAGUGUGAAAGUUGGAGAUAAAGUUCUUCUCCCAGAAUAUGGAGGCACCAAAGUAGUUCUAGAUGACAAGGAUUAUUUCUUAUUAAGAGAUGGUGACAUUCUUGGAAAAUACGUCGACUAAAAUAAGUCACUAUUGAAAUGGCAUCACGUGAAGCUGCCCGUGUCCCCAAUGGCAUCACGUGAAGCUGCCACUGAA